UCUCUGCGAUCAUCCAUCCCCGAUUGAAACCAUGGGUGCAGUUUCCCUCGUGGUCAUGUUGGUUGUCACUUCAUCUGUAUCUGCACAUGUAGUCUAUUUUGACCAUGACGUAGUUCCGGGUGAUGGGGAAUUCCGGGAUGAAUCUACCCGUAAAAUUGGAAGGGGCCAGGCAUUGGAUACCAGUGACUGCAUGAACGUCUCACCAAUUCCAGACGACUUACGGGCCGAGAUACCACUCGACAAUUUCUACCAGAAGUACACCCAUGCCUACGGCAUUCCUAUAGUGUCGUCCAACCAGCCAAAUGAUGAUGCUCUCACCCGCGCCUGUUACGUGGUACGUUUCAUGCUGGCCGAUCGAAAAGAUGUCCGAGACGCCAUGUUUGAUUCUUACGGGCGAGUCGGUGUGAUCGGCUACCGUGAGAAAACCUUAGACAUCCCUGAGCAUAGCUACUUGCCGUCUUGGUGGAACGAUCGAGCAAGAGGUCUUGGAGGUACCGCGUCCAGACCCAUCGCUACGGAUGGUGAAGAGAACAUCCUCUGUUGGAGCUACUGGAAGGAUCGGUGGAGUGAGGAGGACGUUUUAGUCCACGAAUUCGCGCAUUCAAUCCAAAUUGUUGCCAUGAGAAAAGUGGAUCGGACAUUCGACGCUAGACUGCAAGAGGUCUGGACCGAGGCGAAAGCAGCCGGUCUUUGGCAGAACACCUACGCCAUCUCGCAAUACCGAGAGUAUUUUGCGGAGGGUGUUCAGGCCUACUACAACUGUCAGACCCAUCGGGAUUUCGUCGAUGGCAUACAUAAUGGUAUAUCCAACCGAAAGGCUUUGUCUGAAUACGACCCCAAGCUGUUUAGCAUGAUCGAGGAAGUAUUCCCCUGCAAAAAAGUUAUCAUCAAUAGGUGUGAGGAGAAUAAUAAAGAGCUUACUUCAGGUCAUGAGCUAAUGAUGGACUGCUAAACAAGUCUAGCCGAUAGAGAACCAGCUGACUCUAUUGUCAACUACAACUACGCAUCACGUGAGAAGAUGUGCAAUGACGUCACCAUUAUGUCUACACUAUUUACUGUUUUUUUUUGGUGAAGGGCAUUUUUAAGAAAUAUUGAAUUAAACAGGGAGAUACACCUUCGGUAAUUACUCCCCAAAUUAAUGGUCAUAAAAACUGACUUGGUAAGAAACGCUGCAGUUUAUGAUAAUGUAUACAAUUUUGAAAAUUAAUUACUUCCAAAGGAAUGUGGUUUUAGAGCGAGGGAUUUGAAAACAUUUGAAUCUGAGAAACAUUUGUGACGAAACGUUUCUUAGAUUGUGUGUCCAAUCACGGACUAUUCUUCAUAUACAGACUAUACCGUCCAGAUUUUCAGCAAAAAUGCUACCACCAUAAGAAAGUAAAUUAUUUCCACAGGUUAUUGUACACUCAUCUGCAUUCAUAUAGGAUUAAAACUAUCGAAGUAUAGACCUAUCUCGCUCCUAUGAAGAGAGAAUGAAAUAAAACUCAUUUAGAAGAUUCAUACUUUCGUGACUAUGGUCAGGGUCGCUCAAAACCCGCUCAAACUACAAUUUAUUAUUUAUGAAGUUGUCAGAGCGAGCUGCAACCAUAAACUAUAUGCCGGCCAGAUUUCGCUUCGUUUGUCCAGCUCAAAUCACUUUUAAUUAUCUUUGAAAAUAAUAACGAAUAUAAAUCCAGGCAAUAAAUUCAAGUACUUCCAAUUCAUUAUUGGCUUCUACCAAUUACCGGGGGUAAUUUGAAAAUACACUUAAAUAAGCAGCUAUAUAUAACUGUAGCUAUUUGGGAUAAAAGCAGACGUGUUUAGCGGUAAUUUUAGUUGUUUGGUUCAGCUUAUUUUCUUGUUCAUGGUGUUGGGUUUAAGUUAAUAAUAUAUUGGCGUCAUUUUGUGUCUUCAAUAAAUUUUAAGUCUCAAACAUU